GGCAGCCCGCCGACGACAGUUUCCACGCCCCAAACUGUUUCCGUUCGGGCAUGCGUAGUUAAGUGUUAAGUGACAGACACAGGAGCUAAUGGAUGUUUUUGUUUUGUGUGGUCGACAGAAGCCCGGCGACACGUCCUUUUCUCCUCACCGCACAGGCGUUUAAACCGGCAUUUGAACUGAACCGACAAAAACGGACAGCGAUCAUGGGUGUUGGUUCGAGCACCGAGGCCGAAAGGGAGCCGCUUCUCGCCUCUUCUCAUGCGGAGACAAACAGUCAGCCAGUAAACAGCAGAGUGUACGGGAGAAGAUGGCUGGUUCUGACCCUGUUUUCCCUGCUGGGGCUGGUGCAGGGCAUGGUGUGGAACUUCUGGGGUCCCAUCCAGAACUCGGCCGUCCACGCUUACGGCUUCACCCAGUCCGAUAUCGCAGUCCUGGUGCUGUGGGGCCCAGUGGGUUUCAUUCCCUGGCUGCUGUUUAUGUGGUUGAUGGAUAAAAAAGGAUUGCGGGCAUCCCUCCUCCUCUCUGCCUUCUUCAUGCUGCUAGGGGCAGCUCUGCGGAGCAUCCCUCUGACAGACCAGCCUCUCAGGCGAUGGUUGAUACACGGAGGUCAGUUUCUGAACGGUUUAGCUGGCCCAACCAUAAUGAGCGCCGGCCCCUACCUCUCCACCACAUGGUUUGCUCCUGACCAGAGAGCCACCGCAACGGCCGUGGCCUCGCUCUUCUCCUACCUGGGCGGCGCUGCUUCGUUUGUAGUAGGACCUCUGGUAGUGCCAGCCCCCAAUGACACCCAGGCAAUAACCACAAUGGCAGCAGCAGUUUCCGACAGCUCCAUCCGAGACAGGAUCCAGCUGGUUAUGUAUGCAGAGUUGACUGCAAUUGCUGUGCUUUUUGCGGCAGUCCUGCUCUAUUUCCCGUCACGACCACCGAUGCCUCCCAGUGUGGCUGCUGCAAGCCAGAGACUCAGUUACAGGAGCAGCAUCUGCAGACUCCUUAGUAACUUGCGGUUCCUGAUGAUAGCGCUGGCCUAUGCAGUCCCUACAGGAGUGCUUGCCGGCUGGUCGGGAGUCCUUGACAUGGUCCUUACACCAGCCAAAGUCAGUCAGGUGGAUGCAGGUUGGAUUGGUUUCUGGUCGACUGUCGGUGGUUGUGUGUUUGGGGUGGCAAUGGCCAGGUUUGCAGACUCUAUCCGGGGGAUGUUGAAGCUGAUCCUGGUGCUGAUGCUUGCAGGCGCCUCACUGGCCUCUACCUGGUUCACACUCACCUGUCUGAGCAGAGUCACCCACCUCCCCUCCACCGCAGCCAUCCUGUACACUUCUUGCAUCCUGGUGGGCAUUUUUAUCAACAGCAGCGUGCCAAUAUUCUUCGAGCUCUUCAUCGAGACAGUGUACCCAGUCCCUGAAGGCAUCACCUGUGGAGUGGUCACUUUCCUGGGGAACCUGGUCACAGGCCUGCUCCUUUUCUUUCUCACCUUUUACAGUAAAGAGCUGUCAUGGCUCAACUGGUGCCUCACAGGCUCCUGUCUCUUCAGCCUCGUCCUCAUACUGUUCUUCAGGGAGUCUUACGACCGCCUCUACCUGGACGUCUUCGUCUCCGUGUGACACCACAGAACACGAAAACAACACAACGUAACAACAAGGGACUGAACAAAUAUUCUUGCACAAAGGAGAGGAGAAAGGGGAGACGAAGGGAAAGUGGAACGCCGACACUCUUUUAAGAUGUAAGAUUUUUAGGAUGUAAAUAUAUAUAUAUUGGUGACGGUGGUGAUGGAUUGUUGUUGUAUGGCUGCUGAGAAGAACCACAAUGCGAUUCUACAUCAGUGUUUACUCUUUAUACGUGAUCGACUCAAUGCCAUAUGACUGUCUAACACAUCUUUACCUGUUUUUAUAUGUCACUCUAUGUUUGUAUGUAAGCAAACGUUUGUGAACGGUUUAUUUUAUUUUAUUUUUUUAACCACGCACGGCAUGACGGACUGUUAGUAGUUGUUGUUUACAGAUGUUACAAUAUUUAAAGUAGUUCUCAGUGUCGCCCCCGUGUGGCUGCUCUGUUCACCUUCCUUGAUCAUCUCUAAAAUAAACUGGACGCUGUCUCAGAGCUUACAAACCUGGAAUUCGCUGACUCCAGGUCAGCAUCAGGUGUUGUCCCCUCACAAGGAAAUGGAGGAUGACAACGGGACAGCUUCAUCAGCCAAUCAGCAGGCCUGGCUGUGCUGAGUUGGGGAUAAACGAGGGACCUCCUGGUGGUUUACUGCUGCUCCAAACUGCAAGCUGUGACUGGCCCAACACUGUUAAGUGACCUGUGAUCCCACCUCCUGUAUUAUGUUUUAUCACCCUCUCAAGACAAAUAUUAUGCAAAAAUGAUCUAGAUUGACAUUGGAUGCCGGCUGGAGACGUGGGCUUGGAUUUCGAUAAGCCUGCGCUUUUUUUUCCCACCGAUGAACUGUCCACGUGGAAGAAGCUGAGCGAUCUGAACUGUCACGUUUCAGAAGUUUUUCAGCCAAUUUAUGGUUAAUAGUGUCAGUUUGUUGGAGAUUUGCUUUUUAACCAAACUGAAUAAUUUAAUUUGUUGUUUUUUUUUUUUUUUUUUUUUACAGUUUUUUACAUCUGUUUUCCUCAGCAGCCUGCCACUAUUUAUUGGAAAUGACUCUACACUAACACCGUUAACACUAAGUUUCACAGAAACAGGAUGUUUGGUAAUGAUUUCAACCACAGCUGAGGCACACUUAGGGAGAUUAUUUUAUUAUACAGACAUGAGGAUUACGUUGUGCUGUAAUUGCUCAUCCUCCGAAGCACCAGCAGGUGUCUCUGCCCCCACUGGGAGUCUGCUGACAAAAAAGGUAAACAGAAAAAGGAGUUGCCAUUUUCAUGGAUUCCGUGACUGGAGCUGUGACAAAAACCAGGUCCAAAUCUAGAGGGACAUAACCACAAAGAGACACAUCAAGGCAAAUGAAAAACAUCUGUCACUUACAGACAAACUUUUUCUCUAACUUGUCCGUGACUUCUUUUCGUGUCUUUGUCCUGGACAGCAGUUAUAAGAAGUAUUUUAAUGUGAUUUUCUGUGGGUUUUGAGGAGGCUCUUUAAUGUGUUUCCUGGUGCUUGUUUUUUUUUACUUUUUAUUCUCCUUGUACAGAAAAGGAUGUCUUUUACCUUUUGACGUGUUGCCUUAAUUGCCCAGUGCAGUGCGUUCGGUCUCCCUCUCUUCUCACUGUGACUAUUUUGUCUGUAUAUGUAGUUAAAGGUCAUGUUCUUCUGUUCUGCAGCUAACACUCUGCAGUUCCUGGGCUUUGGGUUAUAAAUGUCCUUGUUCUGUGGGAAGGAAAAAGAGCAAAUGUGACUGUUGAAUAUUUCCAGCACCUUAUUAA